UAAAGACUACCAAACUUUGACUUGUAUAAACAUUUCCUGUCCCCGAGCUAUUUUUGCCAAUAUUUCACAUUCAUAAUGUAGAUAUUUUCGAAUUUGAUAGAAGAUGUGAAAUAAUGAGUGAAGAUGAGCGAAAGCCUUUAUUGACGAGUAAUCUGAACAGGGACGAUGACGAAAUUUACAGCGAAAACGGUGUGUUACCAAGACGCCGCGACUCAGGAACAAGACAGCGGGAGGCCACCAGAUCGCAAGCCGGAGAGUCGGGGGAAUUGAAGCGCAGGGGUUCGUUAGUCGACAAAAAGGACACGGAUCUCCAUUCUGCUGCAAUGGACACGAAACCUGAUCAUGCUGAUCAAGUUCAAUAUAAAAGUUAUAAUGUAAAUCUCCUGACCGUCCUAUGGGCCUAUCGGAAGACCAUUAUACUCAUAGCAACCCCUUUGCUAUGCCUUCCUCUCGUUGUAGUCAUUGGAGAUGGGCCUUCGAGGGGUGCCUUCGUCAUCAUCAUCAUGGCGGUCUACUGGAUCCUGGAGAUCCUACCCCUGGCCGUCACCUCCCUCCUCCCCGUCGUCCUCUACCCGCUGCUUGGUGUCCAGGACUCUGACGACGUCUGCAGGAACUACCUCAAGGACACCAACUUCCUGUUCGUCGGCGGGCUCAUCGUCGCGGUGGCCGUCGAGCACUGGAUGGUCCAUCGGAGGUUUGCUCUGGGCGUGCUGCUUCUGAUGGGUUCCAAGCUAAGAUGGUUGAUGUUUGGGUUUAUGUUGGUGACAGCGUUCCUGUCGAUGUGGAUCAGUAAUACAGCUACCACAGCCAUGAUGGUUCCUAUCGCUCAGUCCGUCGUUAUGCAACUUUUAGAUCAAAGGAAAGCUCAAAAGAAGAAAAGGGAGGCCCAAACUGAAGCAACUGUGAACCUUGAGGAACCCACGAAAGAGAUUGGAGUGAAUGUUGAUGAGACUGCAUUCAAUGGUCACAUCAACACUGCUAUGGAUACGAGUGGCGAAGAGGAUGGCAAGAUGCAGCUGAAUGAAAUUGACGUGCAAUCAGUAGAUGUAAAUACAGAGGCUGAAGGUGUGGACUUCACAGAGGAGCCAAGCGAUCAGGUCGACUACGACGCCAUGAGCAAUGAGGAGAGAAAGCUGUGUAAAGGGUUGCUGCUCUGCGUGGCCUACGCUGCCAACAUCGGGGGCACCGCUACCCUGACAGGAACGGGACCUAACGUGGUACUCAGCGGAGUGGUGGACGAGUUGUAUGGAGACGAAGCCGGCGUAACAUUCGCCAGCUGGAUGCUGUUUUCUAUUCCUGGUACCAUAAUUAACCUCGUACUGUGCUGGUUGUGGCUUCAAGUCAUCUUCAUUGGAUUUAGACGGGAAACUGGUACUACCGAUGAACAGACCGAUGAGGAGGAGAAGUCUGCUAGGGAGGUAAUCAAGCGGGAGUAUCGAAAACUUGGAGCAUGGACGUGGGGUCAGAUUGCAGUGGUGUGUCACUUCAUUGUCUUGGCCAUGCUCUGGAUAUUUAGAAACCCAACAUUUAUUCCUGGAUUCGCUGGCUGGGCCGGCCUCUUCCCAGUUCCAGGAUAUCUCUCUGAUGCUACUGCAGCUAUUUUCAUCUCCAUCUGUCUCUUUAUUUUCCCGGCCUAUCCUCCAUGGUUCAUGAGGAUCUUCAAGAGGUUUAGACAAGAAGAUGAUAAGAAGCCUAAAACUCGGGAUGCGCUCCUCGACUGGAAGACGACUCAGAGGAUGUUGCCAUGGAAUGUCAUCCUCCUGCUUGGAGGAGGGUUUGCACUAGCUGAUGGCACAGAGGCCUCGGGUCUCUCUCAAUGGUUAGCGGACCAAUUCAAGGUGUUAGAGUUCUUGCCUCCGUGGGUCUUUGUCCUAAUCAUCACCGUCAUCAUCUGCUUCUUCACCGAGUUCACCAGUAACGUUGCCACGGCAACGAUCUUCCUCCCCAUUCUUGCUGCUUUGGCUGAAAGUAUAUGCAUCAACCCCCUAUAUAUCAUGUUGCCUGCCACCAUCUCCUGUUCCUAUGCAUUCAUGUUGCCCGUGGCCACGCCCCCGAACGCCAUCGCUUUCGCCUACGGCUCCCUCACUGUUCCGGACAUGAUGAGAGCUGGCUCCAUGAUGAACGUCCUCGGCAUCAUCGUGGUCAACGUCCUCAUCAGCUCCAUGGGCAUCGUGGUCUUUGACGUCUUCAACUACCCCACCUGGGCUGGCAACCAGGCCGUCUGUCUACCCAACAAUACCAUGACUACGACCUUUCCUGGACUCGUCACACCAAACGGAACUUGCGUAUGCUAAAGGUUGUUGAAACGGUGACCCGAGAUUUCCUCCUGGGACGAUUUCUCUUCUUUGUCAAAGGUAUAGGGUUAGGGUUAGGUUUACAAUUGGGUGUUGGGUUAGGUUUAGGGUAAGGGUUAGGUAGGGUGUUUGGUCCAGGGUUGAAGUUAAGAAUUAGGUUGGUGUUGGAAAUUGAAAUUGUUAGUGUUGGAAAUUUUUAGUGUUGGAAAUUGUUGCAGGAGCACAAGCAUCGUACAACAGCCCACCAGCCUUGCUCUAUACACGACGCACCAAACGGCACCUGUGUAUCCUGAAGAUCAUCCAUGUCUAUCAAACAGUGACGUGCUGAUCGUCAAACAGAACUGGCGUAACUUCUUAAGAUCAUCUUCGAAACAGUGACUUGCCUUCAUAUCUUACCCAGGAGUCUGAGGAAAAAGGUGUCUUUGAGCAUUGACGUGGAAGGGGCAAGUUUACUACGUUUCUUAGCACGUGCAAUGGAAAUGCAGGGAUACUACACAACUUUUAUUUUUAAACACAUUGUAAUAGAUUUAGCAUGAAGUAUUUGUACAAUCCCAUUACAAAUUUUCUAGGAAUACUACCAGGGACAGUUGAUUACAUAGCAAGUGCAAUUAAUGUGGUCUACCGAAUCGAGUGAUUUUGUAGCGAAUGUGAAUAAUCAUGUAUAAUUGGUCGACAUUCCUUGUGAUUUUGAUGCUUCCAAUCGGUGCUCCGUGUGACAUUUCUAUGCCAAAUUGCAAUUUUAUCAGAAUCAUAAUCAAAUGAAUGGUGGAUACUGUGGAUAUAAUUUUUGUUUGAUUAUUAUUAUCUUUUAAUAUCAAAUGCAAAACUAUGCUAAUGCAUUUUGGCCAACAACAUGCAACUAUGACAAGAAUUUCCACACAAGGUUUCGCCAUUAAAGACAGGAGCGGAGGGAGGGGGUUGCCUCUCCAAUAUUUUUCAUUUGCUUGGCCAUGUAAAAUGUUUCACUUAUUAUUCUGAAUGUGCAUUUGGGUAUACCCCUCCUUUUCACCAUUCUGAAGAGGGAUAUAUUUGUAGAAAAGGAUCCUUGAUUUCGUCUUUACUUUCAAUAUGUUGAAAAUUUUCUUAGGGUGGUAUUCUCGAAAGUGGAUUAACUUUAAUAGUCCAUGGUUUAAUCCUCGGACUAAGUAUGGAAUACCAAGU